AUGCGUGCCGCCAUUGUCAGCUUAGGAGCCUUUGCGCUCGUCGCCAGCGCCUGGGAGUACCCCUUCUGCGAGCCCGACAACUGCUACCGUGAGCUGACCGAUACUCGCUUCAUCGAGGAGUCCAAGGAGUUCUGCCCCAAGUAUCUCUCUGGCGAGGUCACCACCAUCCCCUCUGACUAUGAGAACUGCGACAACGACGCUGCCGCCGUCUCGUCUGCUUGCUCUUGCAUUACUUACACCUCUACCACCUCCUCCUACCCGACCAGCACUGCUGAGGUUUCCACCACGUCUGAGGUCCCUGUCACCACCACCACCAGCGUGUCUGAGACCGAGUAUCCCACCACUACUCCCAGCUCAUCCGAGUACAGCACUGCUGCUCCCACCUCCAGCUCUGCUUCUGAGUCUACCACCGAGUGGACCACCAGCACCAUCUAUGCCACGACCACUCUGACCGUCACCUCGUGCGCCCCGACUGUCACCAACUGCCCGGCUCACUCCACGACCGUCAUCACGACCGUUGUGCCUGUAACCACCACUGUCUGCCCCGUCACCUCUGAGUCUGAGUACCCGACCUCCUCCGCGGCUCCUCCCCCGCCGGCUGAGACCACCACUCUGAUUCCCGUGCCCUCCACCACCGAGGUCGGCACCAUCACCGCCGUGCCCACGACUUCCGCUGCUCCCACCAGCUCCGUUCCCGUCACCGCUGGCGCUGCCCGCGUUGGCUCCGGAGCUGUCCUGGCUGCUGCCGGUUUCGUGGCCGCUCUUCUGUAA